UUCAGAACUUAUUUCACAUUUAUCAAAGGGAUCUGAUAUGUUGUACACUGGUUAAUAGAAACAUCGGACCGCGAACUGUAAUUCUCGAGCUGGCCGUAGAUCGUAAUUUUAUCCUGCGCCCCUUACAAAGCGAGUAACAUUUUCUACACAUAAUUGUUGUUCACUCUAAAAUGUGUAAUGUGUCUUAACGUAAAAUGCUGCUCUAACUCGGUGGUAAACACUGAACCCUAAAACUCCCAAGAUCUGAUUGUGUGUUUUCCCCUCUAAGAGCAAUUGUAGCUUCUCGCGUGAUCUCCAGACAAUUUCAUGAUAUUAAACACAACUUGUUAUAUUAUCAACAAAGAGGAUAAAAUGUUUUGAGAUCAGAACUCUCCUCUAUCAUACUUCAAUACGUACAUACCUCUUACUAAAAAAGUAAACAAAUUUUAAGUCUGCAUUAUAAGUUAAUUGGACCAAGUUUUUUUCUGCUCCAAAUUAUUGCAUAGGCUUGAAGUAUGUGGGCCAAAUCUGAGUGGAAAAAACAAGGUCCCAUAACUUACAGUAUUGACUAGGAAAUAAGAGUGUCAGUCAUGGACUGACUAUCCAAUGCAUAAUACAGAAAAAGAUAGAGUAACACACUUGGAACUCUGGGUAAAGAUGCCACUCUGGGUAAGGAUCUCAUGGGCCCAUCUAUUGUGAGGACAACCACCUACAAUGCAUUCCAAAGGCAUUUUUGAAAUGACUUACACAACACCUUCCAGCUGUUGUCUAUUGUUGGAUCCUUCAAGCCCAUGACACAAGAGAAUCUGUAGAGUUACAAAAGUAAUAAGACUAAUACGAACAGCAUGUCUGCACGAAGCAUUGAAGACAAACCACCGUCUCUUGCUGAGGGCUUCACUCCUCCAAAACCUAGGAACCUGCCCAGAGAUCGAACACCUUGGGGCGAUGUGAAACUUCCGAUAGACAUUAUGUUACUCACAGUUAAGGACUGCGAGUUUUUAAGUUGCUAUAAGUUGUUAAAGAACUCCUUCAAAAGCUACACCCUGGCACUUGGUGAUGUUUAUUUUGGGGGAAUAGGUAUAAAUGAACCCUUAAAAGUGGCGCUAAUGAAAUGCCAGGAGGGUUCAAACACAACUGGUGGGUCAACAAUCGUCGUGAAAAAUGCCGUUACUAUACUCAAGCCUAAGGCAGUGUUCGCUGUGGGGUGCUGCAGUGGGCUGCAGCGUUGUGAAACGCGACUGGGAGACGUAGUCGUGUGUUCUAAGAUGACUCAAUAUGCUUCUCGAAUUGUCCAGAGUGGUGAAGUCCAAUCAACAGGUGCUACUCGUGUUCCCGUAAGUCGAAACAUGUUGCAACUUAUCAAGGAUGCAGCUGCUGGUUGGAAACCACCAUUGCGCGACCCUUCCUCACGAGAAAUUGAAGUUCAUUGUGAUGCGGAGUAUCUGAGUGGCCCAGAGUUUGUCUGUGACAAACAGAGAUAUGACGAACUGAUUCGUCUUUAUCCCGAUGCAAAAGCAAUUGAUAGGGAGGGUGAAGGGGUUUAUGUUGCGGCGUAUGACUUGAAAAUGGAAUGGGUUGUCGUUAAGGGAAUAUCAGGCUAUGCAGAUGGCACUGGAGGAAUUACCGAUGAAUGGAAGACCUUUGCAAGUGUAAUGGCAGCCUCAGUUGUGGAAAAUAUGUUGUAUGGUUCCGUUGUUUUCCAAAGCUGGCCACAUUAUAAAGAAUCAAGUGACAUCGGUGCAAGUGUACCUGCAUCAGCAGGGAGCCCGGGUAUAGAGCGUCCAGAGGUUAUCACUGCCAUGGACAACAAAGUCAAGAAUGGCAAGCCCAGUGACGAAGAAUUAGAGACAAUUUCGAGAAACAUCGGCGUAGACUGGAAGCCACUUGGAAGACGUUUAAAGUUUAAGGAACCAGAACUGGACGCUUUUGACGAAAACCAUAAAGAAUUCACCGAAAAGCCAUAUCAAAUGUUGCUUCACUGGAAAAGAAGAGAGGGUGAAAAAGCAACCUAUCUUGUCUUACAUGACGCCCUAUGUCAUGACUUGGUAACCCGUAAGGAUUUGGCGAACGAAAUAUGCUGUCAAUGAGAGACUUAAAUGACUUUUCAGUAGUUGCUGAUGCAAAUAGGUUUUUUGAAAUAAGGACAAAACGAUCAACAGUUGUCCAAAAAUAAUCUGUUGGCUUCAAUAAUGAGUUACUCUUUCAAAGGUAA